ACAUGAGGCGACUACAUGGAGAGGGGCCGCGAUCUCGGGGAUCCUGUCCCCCCUUCUCGCCGGGGUGGUGCGUUCCGGGCGGGGCCGCGUGGUCUGGCAGCUCCCAGGCGGACGCUCCGGGGAAAGCCGUGCCGGGAGCUGGAGAUGCUGCUGCCGCCGCCGCCCGCGCUCCGCCGCGCCCUGCUGGCCCGCCCCUGGAGGGGGGCCGGGCUGUGGUGGAAGCACGCGUCCUCGCUGCACGUGGCCAAUGAGCCCAUCCUGGCAUUCACCAGGGGCAGCCCCGAGCGCGAGGCGCUGCAGAAGGCCUUGACAGCCCUCAAGAACCAGACGGAAGCCAUCCCGUGUGUGGUGGGGCAUGAGGAAGUGUGGACGUCGGACAUUCGGUACCAGCUGUCGCCCUUUAACCACAGGCACAAGGUGGCCAAGUUCUGUUACGCAGACAAGGCCCUGCUCAACAAGGCCAUUGAGGCCUCCUUGGCUGCUAGGAAGGAGUGGGACCUGAAGCCUGUGGCAGACCGCGCCCAGAUCUUCCUGAAGGCAGCGGAUAUGCUGAGCGGGCCGCGCAGGGCAGACAUCCUGGCCAAGACCAUGGUGGGGCAGGGUAAGACGGUGAUCCAGGCGGAGAUCGACGCUGCGGCUGAGCUCAUCGACUUCUUCCGCUUCAAUGCCAAGUUUGCCAUGGAGCUGGCAGGACAGCAGCCCAUCAGCCUGCCGCCCAGCACCAACAGCGUGGUGUACCGGGGGCUGGAGGGCUUCGUGGCGGCCAUCUCGCCCUUCAACUUCACCGCGAUCGGCGGCAACCUGGCGGGGGCGCCUGCUUUGAUGGGCAACGUGGUCUUGUGGAAGCCCAGUGACACCGCCAUGCUGGCCAGCUACGCUGUCUACUGUGUCCUCCGCGAGGCCGGCCUGCCCCCCAACAUCAUCCAGUUUGUGCCAGCUGACGGGCCAGUGUUUGGGGACACUGUCACCAGCUCAGAGCACCUCUGCGGCAUUAACUUCACAGGCAGCGUGCCCACCUUCAGACACCUGUGGAAGCAGGUGGCCCAGAACCUGGACCGGUUCCGCACCUUCCCACGCCUGGCUGGAGAGUGUGGAGGGAAGAACUUCCACUUGGUGCACCGCUCGGCCGACGUGGACAGCGUGGUGAGCGGGACUCUGCGCUCAGCCUUCGAGUACGGCGGCCAGAAGUGCUCAGCCUGCUCGCGCCUCUACGUGCCCAGCUCGCUGUGGCCGCAGAUCAAAGGGCGGCUGCUGGAGGAGCACAGCAGGAUCAAAGUGGGCGACCCUGCAGAGGAUUUUGGGACCUUCUUCUCUGCUGUGAUUGACGCCAAGUCCUUUGGCCGCAUCAAGAAGUGGCUGGAGCAUGCGCGCUCCUCGCCCAGCCUCACCAUCCUGGCCGGGGGCAAGUGUGACGACUCGGUGGGCUACUUCGUGGAGCCCUGCAUCGUGGAGAGCAAGGACCCGCAAGAUCCCAUCAUGAAGGAGGAGAUCUUUGGGCCAGUGCUGACUGUGUAUGUCUACCCAGACAACAAGUACAAGGAGACGCUGCAGCUAGUGGACAGCACUACCAGCUACGGCCUCACGGGGGCAGUGUUUGCCCAGGAUAAGGAUGUCAUCCAGGAGGCCACGGAGAUGCUGAGACACGCCGCCGGCAACUUCUACAUCAACGACAAGUCCACCGGCUCUGUGGUGGGCCAGCAGCCCUUCGGGGGGUCCCGGGCCUCUGGAACCAAUGACAAGCCAGGGGGCCCCCACUACAUCCUGCGCUGGACGUCACCCCAGGUCAUCAAGGAGACGCACAAGCCGCUGGGGGACUGGCGCUAUGCGUACAUGCAGUGAGCCCUGCUCGGUGCUGCCGCCACCCGCCACCCGGCCCCCGUCCAUCUGUCCAGGCCACCGAUGUCCCUGCACCGGCCCCGCCAGCCCCUCCGCCGGCUCCUCAUGGGCGGCCCCUUUCUGGAACCACGGUGACCCCCUCCUUGCCCCUGGCCUGCCCCACCCUGGUGUCAGGUGCCCGGCUGUGGCUUCAGAGCAGGUCAGGCCCACGCCCCCCUUACCUUAGAAAUUCCCCAGGGGGCAGCCCUGGUGCCUGCAGGCUCUCUGUCUCUCCGUCUGCCUCUCCCCAGCACUGGGGCUCCUGGCUCAGGGGCCUGGGGAGUGGCGAGGGCCCAGGAGAGAAGAAGGAGGCAGCUCUGGGCCCCGGCAAACCUCGGCACUCAGGGAGGCUGCUGGCCUGGGCUCCAGUGCCAGGUGUCCAGGCUGUGGUGUGGCUGCAGGGUGUGGGCUGCACCUGCUGGCCUUGCCCUGUGUGGCCUGGGCUGCCCACCUCACUCACUGUACCCCUGCCCAGACCCUGAACCAGGGACCCGCGCCCAACCGCGAGCCUUACAGAACCCCGGUGCCUUCUGCCCCACACGGCAGGGCUGGGGCCGCCAGAGGCCACCUGCCGGGCUGCGGGCUGCGGCAGCCCUUCCUGCUGGAGCUGUGAUUUGGGAAAACCAAGGGUGGGCUUCCUUUUGCCAGGAGUUCGCCCGUCCUCCCUCGAGAGGCGUCCCCUCAGAGCCCUUGUCAGGGCCUGCUUUCCAGGUGCUGUGGUGGGACGCACCCCGGCAGGAGGCACCAAGCCGUGCCUGCAGGACGGCCCCUCCCCGCCUUGUGGGCCAUGCUGUGUGGCCGGGGCGCCGUCUGCUGGACGUGGCCAGCUGGUGGCCGGGGGCCCCUCCUGCUGGUUGUGUUCCGGGCGGUCAGCAGUCUCUCAGACAUGACUUUCAAGAUGACUGUCAGACCACCGUGAGCCCCAGGUGUGCUGUCCCCAAGUGUACCCAUUUCACGCCGUGGGCUGCAGCCAGGAGUGGGUGCCAGUGCCGCCCGGGCCCCGUGGACUCUGCUGUGUGCUGGGGUCUGUGCCGGGGAGGGUGUGGGCUGCACUGUGAGGGGGCGGUAGGACACAGCCAAUGCCACCCAGUAAAAUCCUGUCGCGGAA